AUGAAGUCGUUAUCAAGCGGCCGCGGCCCGCCCACCGGCGCACCGGCGCGCGCGCUCCGAGCGCAGUCGCUCGUUCAGACCCCGCGCACGCUGUCGCGCAACCGACGCCCAAAUAAAUCGAAAUUAUGGCCGACACGAUGAACGUGUACUCCGACGGCGAUGUCUUGAGGGCGAAAGUGAUAACGAUGGUGUCCCUGUUCCUGGUAUCGAUGAUAUGUGGGUGUGCGCCCAUGUUGAUAUCGCUGAAAUUCGACUGGUUCACGAAGUCGGCGGGGCCGAACAUGCGGACCUCUAACACGCUGGUGAUGGGGUUGCUGGCGUUCGGCGGUGGCGUGCUCUUCGCCACCACAUUCAUGCACCUGCUGCCAGAGGUCGACGAGAACGUGCAACAGCUGCAAGACGCAGGCGAGCUUCCUGACCUGCCGAUCUACCUCGCCGCUCUGAUCAUGUGCUGUGGCUUCUUCAUGAUGUACUUAGUUGAAGAGUUGGUGCAUGUCUACAUCAACAGGAGGGAAAACAAGACUGCCAACACAAGCUUCACUAGAGUCCUUAGCAUUAGGAAGAAUAGUACUGAGGGCGAUGCCUCGGAGGGAGUGCCUAUACCUAAGGAUGUGGAAGCUAAGCCGUCCAACCAAGGCCAUGGACACAGUCAUAUGGGAGUAAGCGGAUCAGAUGACAGUAUUGUGGCUGCUUUAAGAGGCCUGCUCAUCGUGCUGGCGUUGUCCAUACAUGAACUGUUUGAAGGGUUAGCUGUUGGGUUGGAGUCGUCGGCUGCUAAUGUAUGGUACAUGUUCGGAGCAGUAUCCGCCCACAAGUACAUCAUAGGGUUCUGUAUCGGCGUGGAGCUGCUGGCUGCGGGCACCAAGCGGUGGCUGUCAGUGCUGUACGUGUUCACAUUCUCCUUCGUGUCGGCUCUCGGCAUCGGUAUCGGCAUCUUGCUGGUGGGUGGCGCGGGAGCCGCCGAGGCUGGCCUCUACUCUGUCGUGCUGCAGGGCCUGGCGUGCGGCACGCUGGUGUAUGUGGUGUUCUUCGAGGUGUGGCGGCAGGACCGGACCGGCCUGCUGCAGUUCGUGUGCUCCGUCCUCGGGUUCGCGCUCAUGGUCACCCUGGAAGUCAUCGUCGAACUAGCUGCCUGAUCUAUAGAAGAGUUAGCGGAGUGCAUCCUGAUCCAGAGUGACUGAAUAAUUUAGAUGUGAAAUAUAGUAAAUGUUACGUCUAAGUUGAAACUUCAAGGCGAUA